UCUCCGUCUGCCUCACACUCCGAGGACGAUCCUGAGCGGUACACCAGGUCGAGAGGGUUGCUCUGCCAAGACAAACACGGAUACCCUUUAGGCGCAUUAUUAAUUUUAUUUAACUGUCAUCCAUGAGAUUCUUCAGGCUUACCUUCAAGUGCUUCGUCGACUGCUUUUGAAUUCCCCUCAACGUCUAAACUGACCGCGGCGCUUUGUAAAUAUUCCAUCUCUUAACUGAAGGUUUCCAACGCGUGAUAAUCACAAAACUGCGAUUUAAAAAUACCGAGAAGGCGAAAUAACAAACCUAGAAAAUCAAAGAGAGAAGUGGACAGCUGCCUACUAGCCUACCACACCUCUCCUCUGUCUGAGACCCACUGGGUAUCUUGUUCGCUAGGCACCUUAAUAUUAGCCAAAAACAGCAUUUGGCUAAACCACCACAGCCGACUUAUUUUAUUAUUACUAUUAUUUUUAUUUAAAAAACAAAUAAACAAACAAACAAACAACUAAAUACAGUAGUAGUAUAGAAAUAUUUCCAAUUAUUUUUGUGCCGCUAUUCAAAGAAUAUGUCACCAGAGGUGGAGGAGAGCAGCCAAGGUGAAAUCGGUCUGCCCCAGUUGGAGGCAGGGAUUCCAUCCGAGGAGGAGGGCAGUGGGGUGGCUCGUCCCCUGGUGCCUGUCCCUGGAGCAGGGGCAAGGUGUGGUGAGGGUGGAGGGGGCGGGCCACCCCAGAACCCGGAUGGGGCUGCAGCUGGGCCUGGAGCUGGGGCUACAGCAGUGUCAGUGGCGGAGAGAGAAACCUGGACCAGACAAAUGGACUUCAUCAUGUCCUGCGUGGGUUUCGCUGUGGGCCUGGGCAACGUGUGGCGCUUCCCUUACCUCUGUUACAAGAACGGAGGAGGUGUGUUCCUGAUCCCCUACAUGCUGAUUGUGUUCAUCGGGGGCAUCCCAGUGUUCUUCCUGGAGAUUGCUCUGGGACAGUUCAUGAAGCAGGGAGGGGUUUCUGCCUGGAACAUUGCGCCCCUCUUCAAAGGUUUGGGCCUGGCCUCUAUGGUAAUAGUGUUCUUCUGCAACACCUACUACAUCAUGAUUCUGGUGUGGGGCCUUUAUUUCCUCCUCCACUCCUUCACCAACCCGCUGCCCUGGGCCACCUGCGGACACACAUGGAACACCCCCAACUGCACACAGGACUUCCGCCGUGCCUGUCACAAUCGCAGCACUGCCCAGCCAGCUCUGCCAUCACCCACCACCGCUGCCACCACUCCCGCCAACAUCCUCUCCUCCACCUCCCCGCUCAACCUGUCCUCGGCCCAGCUCCUCCUCAAUGGGAGCUGCAUGGACGCUGAGGGAAUGCGCUCCCCAGUUAUUGAAUUCUGGGAGCGUAAGGUGCUCCGUCUGUCAGGUGGCCUGGAUGAGCCUGGUGACAUCAGCUAUGAGAUGGUGCUGUGUCUCAUAGUCACUUGGAUCGUUGUUUACUUCUGCAUAUGGAAGGGAGUAAAAUCCACUGGCAAGGUAGUGUACUUCACGGCUCUGUUCCCCUACCUGGUUCUGGUUGUUCUUUUGGCCCAUGGAGUAACUCUACCAGGAGCUUUGAAUGGAAUUGUCUACUAUCUGAAACCAGACUGGUCCAAACUUGGAGAAGCACAGGUGUGGAUCGACGCUGGCACUCAGAUUUUCUUCUCCUAUGCCAUCGGACUGGGUGCCUUGACCGCACUGGGCAGCUACAACCGCUUCCAUAACAACUGUUACCAGGAUGCAUUUGUGCUGGCCCUCAUUAACAGUGGAACCAGUUUCUUUGCGGGUUUUGUGGUGUUCUCUGUGCUGGGAUUCAUGGCUGCAGAGCAAGGAGUGGACAUCAGUAAGGUAGCUGAGAGUGGUCCAGGCCUGGCUUUUAUAGCCUACCCCAAGGCUGUUACUCUGAUGCCUCUGGCUCCACUCUGGGCAGCUCUCUUCUUCUUUAUGCUGCUCGUCCUGGGCCUGGACAGCCAGUUUGUAGGGGUGGAGGGCUUGAUAACAGGAAUAAUAGACAUGCUUCCCCCUAAAUCUGCCCUGGGAUCUCUGCGGCGAGAGGUGGUAGUGGCCGUUUGCUGUGUCACCUGCUUCCUCAUUGACAUGUCCAUGGUCACUGAGGGAGGGAUGUAUGUCUUCCAGCUGUUUGACUACUACUCUGCCAGUGGCAUCACUCUGCUAUGGCAGGCCUUCUGGGAGUGUGUGGUGGUGGCAUGGGUUUAUGGCGCAGAUCGAUUCAUGGACGAUGUGGCUCGUAUGAUCGGCUAUCGGCCCCUACCUUACAUGAAGUGGUGCUGGUCCUACAUCACACCUCUUGUCUGUGUGGGAGUGUUCCUGUUCCAUGUGGUGAACUAUAAGCCCCUGACCUAUAACACAGUGUACACAUACCCCUUGUGGGGUGAGGCUUUUGGCUGGGGUCUGGCCCUCUCCUCCAUGCUCUGCAUCCCUGUCACUGUCCUCUACAAACUACUGCGCUGCAAAGGAUCUUUGCGGGAGCGGUGGCAGCACCUCACCACCCCAGUGUGGGGCAGACACCACCUGGAGUACCUGGCCCCUGAGUCUGAGGCCAAACUGCUGCCCCCCACAGGAGCCAAGAGCACACUACUCUUUGAGAGCGUCAUCUGAUGAGCUGAGCCUUACAGAACACAGAGCCAAGGUCGCCCUGAUACAUCAGCACACACACAACCGUACACACACAAAAUACUGAAAAUGCACACAUGCAUGCACACCACACUGGCCUGGUGAGACAAUAGCGCAGAUCAAUCACACACCUUCACACCCUCACUGAUAUGGAAAAGACGUGGACAAAUGGACCAAAGAUGAGGUGGGAUGGGAACUGAAACAUACAAACACCCCCACGCACACCAGAAACACACAUACAAUUGACACAGGCUGACAUUCCCUCUGCUCUGCUUUUCUGACUCUCUACCUCGCUGCCUCUCCCCUCUCUUUUGCUCCCUGCCUUAGUGCUGUCCUGUUCUGUCUCGUUCUGUGAGUGUGAUGUGGUGUCCAGUUGUAGUUGCAGUAUCUUUCCUUCUAUCACCUCUCUCUCGUACUGGGCUUCUUCCUGGCCCAGCCUCAACCAUCUCAACCCAUUAUGCCAUUUGGUGCUCAACAAAAUUCAGAUUCAGAUAAAUGUUCUAAAUGAGAGACCUCAUGUCCAGUGUUGAUAUGCCAGCGAUUGAGUAUGUAUGUGCACUUAUGCCUGUUGGUAUGCAUCUCAGUGUGCCUGUGUAUUUGUGUGUGUGUGUGUGUGUGUUUGUGUGUGUGUGUGUGUGUGUGUGUGUGUGUGUGUGGCAUGGUGUGUCUUUAGGAUGAUGGUAGGGUGUCAUAUCAUACUCAUUUAACAUUACCAUUGGCCACUGUUUUCUACCAACUGUGUGCUCCUUGUUGUAUUGACUGUACAAAAAUAACUUCCAUUUGUAAAAUUCAAAAAAAGACAAUGCAUCACCACUUCCAGUUGUGUGUUAUUAACUAACUUAAGUAUCCAGUGUAUUUUAGGGUCUGUGAAUCAGUGUUAACAAUAUUGGGGUGGGGGGUGAUGAUCAGUAUUUCCACCUUAAGACAAGGAGACAAACUUCAGCAUGACUUGCGAUGGAAAGACAGGGACAGUUUUGUGGGGAGGGGAAGAGACUGAUGUAUAUUUCAAGAAAGAAGCAAUAAAUGACAAGAUGGAGAUGGAAA